AAGUGGGUGGGGUAAAAGUUUAGAAGUUUUCAGGAUCAAUUUAUUAGACUGGACGUUUUGAAGUCUUGGCAAAUAUUUGUUUCAGUAAAACAAUGGAUGGCAGUCAAAAAAAAAAAAGAUCCCCCAGAAUUGUUGGGAAGUACAAAGGGUACAAGGGUGAUUAUUGUUGUGUUCCCGGUUGCACAAAUUCUAGAGGGUCGUGUAAUCGCCUGGGAUUGAAGGUGGCAUUCUACCAAAUGCCAUCAAAUCCUGAACGGCAAAAGCUUUGGUUACAGAGGAUACGACGAGGAGAAGUUGACGGCCAUGGCAGAACAGUUCCAUUCAUUCCAAAGUCCCAUACACGGAUCUGCUCACACCAUUUCGUAGGAGGUGCCAAAAGCGAUGAUCCUGUUGACCAGUCAUAUGUGCCUUCCAUAUUCCCACGGAAUUCCACAUCAAAAAGAGUGACAAAAACUUCAGAACAAGCAGGUUUGUGUACACCUUCACCUGUACCUAAAAAGGGAACAAAGAGGAAGAUCGACGAACAAGAUGCUCGCAGGUCUAAGAUUCCACGACAGCUGCAAUAUCCUGGGGAGACGGGUGGAAAAGCGGUUUGGGAAACCAUGACUACAUCAAAUCGAAACCCUUUGAUCAGGGAGAAAGUAGUGUAGACCAGAUAAGGCAGCUAGAAAAUGAAAAUAAAAAGUUAAAGUCAAAGCUUUUGCGUCUGGAAAAUGUUAAAGACAGUGAUGAGAAGUUUCAAUUUUAUACAAACUUGCCAAAUUACCAGGUUUUCAAAGCCUU